UUUAAUCAAUUUGUCAUGUCGACGUAGACAAUCCUUUGCAGAGCUGUUGUUAUUUGUGUUUUUAUUAAAAUUUUAUUAAUUUUUAUUUUAUGUCCCUAUUUGUCGUGUGACUAAACUAUCGUAAUUAUAAUGUCUACAACAUUUGCUGGAUUUAGCGAAGAAGAUUUACAGAGAAUUAAAUCUGUGGACGUUGAGUUGGAUAACGCUCCACAGAUAAACACAGCUGCUUAUAAAAAAAUUGAGAAAAUUGGUGCAAAACCGAAAAGGUUUGUGAACCAAGUCAAAUUACCACCGCUGGCAAAACAAAUCUCAGAUGAUGCAAUAGAUCAUUUAACCUUUGAGAAAUGUAAGCUUAGUAUUAAGACUCCUACUCCACAGAGUGAAGAAACCAGUGAAACAAAUAAUAAUGAUGAAGAUGUUUUGAGUGAUAUUAAUUUAAACGAAGAAGAUUCUGUUUUUGAAGAAUCAGAGAUGAAGGAUGGGUCUGAUGCACCAGAUAUAGUGAGGGGAGUAGAGAAUUAUACUGAAGAUGAAUUGGUUGCUCAUAAGGUUAAGUUGGAAGAGUUGCAGUUGAAGCAGAAGUUGAUGGAAGAACAAAAUAAGAAAAGGAAAGAAAUGCUGGCCAAAGCUCUCGCUGAUAGGACUAAACAAACUGAAGAAGAAGUGGUAAGAUUGGAGAAAAUAAAGAAAGAGCUACAAGUGCUUGAUGGGCAGUUUUCUCAGGAUGUAGCUGUCCUCAGGAAGAAGAUUGACCAUGCUUGUAUUUGCUAUGCUGAUGCAGAAAAACAUUAUUUGAAAGUAGAAAAGGAAUUUCUGGCAGCGAAAAUUCAAUUGCAGAAGGAAAAAGAGAAAAAAGAACUGUUGACAGAACACUUGUGUGCUCUCAUCACCCACAACGAAACUAGAAAAGCUCAAAAACUGGAGACAUUAAUGUUAGAACUGGCCAGCGAUAAAAAAGUUGAAUUAAAUAAUGAUGUGAAAGAAAUAAAAACAGAUUUAAAUGAUUCGACAAUGACUGAUGAUGAAAAUCCUAUUAUCAUAGAUGGAGUUGAUCAAAGGUCCGGUAAGAUGGUUGAAUUUAAUAUUUGAUUUGGUUAGAUCACAUUUUUAUUUAAAUUCACAGCCCUUUAUGACUAUGCAACAAUUGUGAGCAAUACUCAAGUACUCUAUAAGUACCUUGUUACUGAUUCCAAAAAGAUAUGGUGCAUAUGUUUAGUAUGAAAGUUUCAAACUUAUUGUAUUUUAAUGUGCCUUAUUAUAUUUAUGGUUUUUAUUUUUUUUAAUUCUCAAAUAAGUUGUGUCAAACAUGACAAUAUCUAGAUUUAAGUAUAGCUUAAUUAAUACUAAAUGCCAGUUUAAAUAACUUUAAACAUAAUAUUUUAAUUGUACAAAAAUAUAUUUACGUCUUUUAUAUUUAAUUUCUUAUUGUAAGAUAUGAAAACGGCAACAAAAUUUUCUAUUGCUAGAAAUAAAACAAGUAACGUUUAACUAAA